AAUGGAACCAACCUGGAUGAAUGAGAGUCUUCAUAGACAGAAAUAGGAACUAUUAGUUUGAAAUUACCCCCCCAAAGAUAAAUGAUAAACCAGGCGCGUUUCCAAUUAUCGCCAGUAGAGGGUGUACGUGAAACUGGGGGCUGGAUUAUACCAAUUUAUAAACAGAUUUGGGUCACACAAACCCUACUGGUCGGAGCUAAUUUUAGACGCUGCUGCUGCUUUCGCGAGAAGUCAUGAAAACCAGGGGGAUGCAGAGUUACCAGGGCUGACAGCGGAGUCGGCUUUUCCAUUUGUGACAUUCAACGCCGCACGCUGACUCAGGCGCCGUGCGUUUUUACGCAGGAGAGACGGACGCUGGAUCAUCGACGUGUCGCUGACCACCGCUGCGCGCACCACGAAUAUUUGAUAUAGUGUUUUUGGAGACGCGCUGCGCUUGUCCAUGUCUGCAAAACAUGUCUUUCUUGAGCCUACCGAGCCAAGAUGGCCUUUUUACGGCGAUUAAAGCAGGCAAGUCAGCCGCGGGGGCAGAGGCUCGGUCACCCACGGACGCAGGGGACGGCAAUAACGAGGAGGAAGACGUUGAAGACGAUGACGAGGAGGACUUCCGGCUCAUCCCCAGGUGUUCCCCUGUGCCCCGAAAGCGUGGGGCGUCCAUCUACGAGGAGACCGCCGAGUACAUGCGGAUCCACUUUGCGCUGGCUGCGGGAAAGAGGGUGUCGUUUGCGGACACAACAGGUGGGGAUCUGGUGGACGUGCGGGAAUUUGUUGCCUUUGAUUCCGACGACGAAUCGGACAGUGCAAAGUGGGAGCAUGAGCAAGCAAAGUACCGGAAGCCACACCGGGAGCCCACCUACAGCCUGCACCCGGAGUUUCAGACCCCCUCGCACGGAGCCCUUCUCCACGUUGUGCGCAAAAACAAAGUGGAAGUUGAGCAUAUAGCCCCUUCAGAAGAUGACCCCCUCGCCUUUCGCGGUGUUAUUCGCGUCCUUAACGUCUCCUUCCACAAAGCAGUGUACAUUAGAUCAACCAUGGACGAUUGGGCCACUUACUUUGACCACCCAGCAGAGUAUGUGCAGGGAUCCCACAAUGAAGACACCGACCAGUUCUCCUUCAAGUUGUGUUUUGCGCCACCUUUCACCAACCAUGGUUCUCGCAUUGAGUUUGUCGUGCGCUACGAAACGGCAGAGGGGGAUUUCUGGGCUAAUAACUCUUCCCUGAAUUAUGGGGUAACGCUGCUCUUGUCCUAUCAUCAGGAUGAACCAGCUGCAGCAAACACUGAAGAGCAGCAGAUACGAAGUAUCCUGAAACCUCCCAAAGCCUACAGUGAUGAACCACAGUCUGAUGAAGAGCAGGACAGAGAAGAAGAGGAAGCAAGAAUCUUCAGGACAGAGAUCGCCAGGCCUAUAGCUGUAUGUCCAGUCAUCAUACAGCCAGACAUUGAUGUAGAGGCUGCAUCCCUCAUUUCUUCCAACCACGACUCUUCAUCUGUUGGUGACCACUCAUCCACUGUGAUUGCGUCGCCAGCGGAACCGUUUUCUUGCAUGUCUUCUGAAACCACUCCUCAAUCAAAUUCAGUCUCUGCGCACCGCGCCACCAAAUCUGUCCAGCCAAAAAAGUCACAGCCUUUACCCAGACUCCACUGGGAUUUGGGGGAGCAAAUAUCAGAGCAGUCCGCACCCAGUCAUCCCUCUGCACUGCUGCCCACCUCAUCCUCCACACUUCGAGACUCCAGGCAAAUAUCAGAACACUUCCAGGCUGAAAAUGGGGGGGUAUCUGCCCCCUGCACACAUCCUCCAGCCACAGAAAGGAAUUUGUUGUCAUCAAUAGAAGAGGAGGAAACUGAACUGCCUGCUGAGUGUGCCUCGACUCACAGUGUGACUCGAGUCUCUGAGCAAGAGGUCACGUUGAGUUUCAGUGAUCUUGCUAAAAGGCAUGCAGAUGACUCUGCAGAGCAUGUAGGCAGCGGGGCUGCGUGUUUGUCCUCGAUGGCAGAUAGUCGGGUGUCUGUGGGAGCAGAGGAAGAAGCUCCAGCACUCGUUAAGUUUACAGAAAACCCUUCAGUAAACAGAGGCCUUACUGAGGUGAGUUCGAACAAAGCUGCUCUGCCUUUGUCAACCUGGGAAGAGGAGGAAGGUGUUCCAGUUAUUUACCCUAAAACAACACUUAAAGAUAACCCAAACAUCCUGGCAGAAGUGUCUGGGCUUCAAUGUGAGAGUGCAAUGAAUCUGAUGCCAUGCAUUUUUUUUCUUAGUGGAGUUAUCUCCUUCUCAGUCAUGAUGCAGACACCCACUGCCCUCUUCUUCAUUGGACUGUUUCUGAUUUUGCACCACCUGUGACCUUUUUCUUUUUUUUCCCAAAGGUCUAUUCUCAUAAUUCCUUUAGGAUACAGUGCCUUCUAUGAUCCCAGAAUAAGCCAAGUAGAAACAGAAACUCAUGUUUCUUCACUGGUGUAGCUUAUACAUGCAAUAUGUAAUGCAAGAAAAGAAAUUAUUUAAAAAAUGCGUGAAAUAUUUUUCAAAUGAUGCAAUAGCUCUGUAAUUUAGUUAGCUCUGUUUAUUCACCAAAAUCCUGUGUCGGUACUACAAUGCACUUUAGUGACUGCCGUCAAUUGAAACUGACUGGAAAAAGCUGGAUGUAGCGACUUGGUUGAGGAAGUACCUUAGAGUAGAGGUUAUUAGUGUUAGAUGUAAUUGGAUCUGGCUGGGAAACUAAAGCCCAAUUAAAAACAAAACAACAAAAAAAACUGAACAGCAGCAAUACUUUUUAAAUCAGAUAAGUAUUUGUAUGAUCUACUAAUCUAGUCUUGGAUUUAGUCAUUAGUCAUUUAAAUUUUCAAAAAGUGGAAAGGGCCAAAAACAUUUUAGCAAUAUGUAAAGGCAAAUCCAAAUUCAACAUUGUGGCUGUUAGAACUUCUGGUUUAAUUGUAUAAAGAUGUAUUUUCCUAGAAAACCAAAUAUUUAACUUUUGUUUUUAGCUUAAAUACGCAGGUUUUUCUAAGCGUUUGUUAAUAAAUUACCUCAUCUAAAGUUUACAAAUUUUAAUAAUGAAGUAUGGAAGCACUACUCUUCCUGUUAUUCAUGUAAUCCUAAAUGUCAAAAUUCACAGCAGGCUCAACAAAGCACUGCAUGAAAUGAAACAGGGUUUCAAUUCCAUAAGGAAAAAAGAAGUUAUCAAACAAUACUCAAUGUAUUUUAAAAGUUCUUGUUUUCUGAAGCUAAUUGAGGUUUUGAUGAGCGAAAUAAUUUUUCAUUCCAUUUUUAUAUUAAAAUCUACCCACACACAGAGAAUUUAGCAGACUCCUCUUCCCCUUAAGUUUGCUGAUGAAUUCUAAUUUAUAGAAAAAGUCUAGGGUUUGUUUUAUGACUUUCAUCUAUAAAGACAUAAGUCAAAGACAAAUACUAUACUGCAAAUUCUCAUUUAGGUGAGAUGUCUAUCAGGGAACUAUGUUUAUUACUACUUGCUAAUAAAAAAUGAUGUGGCCAUAUGCAAAAGUCCAAGCAGCUGUCAUAAAAUACUAUUUCAUAUAUUUUCAAAAAUGAUAAGGAUAUUAAAUAAGAAAAAAUACACCUCCAAAUAAAAUAUAAAAACAUGAUGUAUAAUUGUAUUACAGCAAAAAACAUAGAAAUACACUUGACAAUUGACUCAUUUAUUGAUUAAUGUAGAAAAAAAAUGCACAGAUGUUUUCUUUUUCUGACUAGCUAGCAGCUUGCCUGAUGAACUCAAAUGUUUUUUUUAUGAUUUCUUUAUUCAAACGGGUGUCUAUUCAGGGCUAAAAUUCAAUCUUCCUCUCUUUCGGCUUCUCCCAUCAGGGGUCGCCACAGCGAACAAGUCGCAUGGUAAACUUGGCAAUGUUUUACGCCGGAUGCCCUUCCUGACGCAACCUUCUCAAACCGGGCUUGGAACCGGCAGAGGUAGAGAAGGGAACAGGGAGCAGCCCAGAGUUGAACCCUGGUUUCACGGACGGAAGGUGCCGCAAACCAGCACGAGCUAAACCGGCUCCCAGGGCUAAAAUUCAAUAGUUUGCUUUAAACAACAUGAAGAACCUGGAGUUAGAAAUUCAUGACUUAAAUUAUUGUCCCUCUUAAGUGUAAAUUAGAUGUCAAAUCUGUUUUACUGAAAAUUAGUUUUGAAUUACUUUUGUUAGCAUUAACUUUAAGCCUUUGACAUUACCUUUGACCUUUAGCAUCAACAAAAAUCUGCCAAAUGGUAUUCUUCAAAUAGUCUUUACAUGCAGCAUCCCAGUGGUUACAUCUAGCUUUGGUUUAAAUUGUCUAUAGAUGAAGCACAUUGAUGUGAACUUCACCGAAGAGCAGCAAGCACAAUAUUAUGUCUGACUUUAUUCAAAUAAACUGUUUGGAAAAAAAAAUAUAGCAAGCAAUGUAGCAAGCUUUGAAAAGACUGCAAGUUAAAUUGUAUAAAUGAAUCAAAUCUCAGUGCUUUAUAGCCUGUUGAUAUUUAUGAUUAGUGUUUUCAUGUGUUUCAGGCCAGUAAAUGUUGUUGCACAUCUCAAAAUAACACUUCAGAUUAAGUGUGAAAUGUUUUUAAUGUUGGAAGUUUUCUGCUGUGUUUAAACAUUAAAAACAGUCAUCCUCUGUGGAAAAUGUGUCUUUACAAAUUUGAAUCUACAAGAUUCUAAAUAGAGUUUCUGUUUCAUGCACAGUCAUGACUCACGUGCAGCAAAAAUAUUUGGCGUUCACCUAAAUGCUUUUAAAAUAGGAUUAGAGCCUUUAGCUUCUCUGUGACUGGAGUGUAAACAGAUUUGAUUGAAAUGGAAAGACAGAGUGCAACAUGAGCUGAAGAAGGAAGCCAAGGGUCAUACAUUGCAUUGAAGUCAUGGUGUAAGGCAGUGCAAGCUCAUCAUAGUUGUCUGGCAACGGCAGCAUACGGGGAACUAAAAACUCUGUGGGAGUUGUAAUACAAAUUCUUUAUUAAAAAUAUUUUAACCUAUUUUCACAUUUAAAAGAAAUGUAUGCCGUUGCUUUGAUCUAGUUUAACCUUCCAAGAUGGGCUUUGGAUGUCCAGGUCAUCUUGACUUCAGUCAUAUUUUGUGGUCAUUAAAGAUCCACUUGUCUAUGAAUCAUCCAUGAUGGACUUAGACUUACUGUUGGUGAAAAUAAAAUAAAAUAAAAAGAAAGGCAUAGAAGAUUAAACAAUAUUCUUUAUAGAGGGAUAAGUUAGUUAGUCCAUCAGGAGUGGAGCUACAGGGGGCCAGCUAACCCCUCCAGCAAAAAGCUGUUUUUUUAGUCAAUAUUUGUGUCAUUUCUGACAAAGAUUAAGAAUUCAUCAGUUCAAGCUUCUUAACGCAUCUGAAAUAGCAUCUCAGCCAAAGGAACUGCUGUUUUAACAUUAUUAACAAUAAUAAAACGGUUUAAAUACA